UGAAUCUGCAAAGAGAGAAUCGGAAGUUUGCUCAGUCAGCUGGUAUAUAGAAAAUAACUAAAAUUGAACGAACAAAAAUACUUGGCAACCGGCAAUAUUUAAUCAAUACUGGCGAAGGAAUUUUUACAGGCCAAGAGGUUAGACUUUGGCGGAAUAUACAGGAAAUUACAAAAAUAUACACAAUUUAAUAAGAGAUUUAUAAGAGAAGUUGUAACGCGUGAAGAUGAGUAAACUAGACGACUUGCUGGGCAAAAAGAAAACGGUGGUUCCCGUUUUGGACCUCAGUCGCAGCAAUAUUCAGACCGUGGAGGAGUUCAAACGGCUGCUGGAGAAGGUGCCCGACUACAAGAUGCGGCCGGUGAAGGUGCGCGCCGAAGAAAUAAAGAUCCGGGAGAAGGACUACGCCUUCAAGAUGCCCAAGAAGGAGAUGCGAAAGUUGUUGAGGGCAAAUGGCGAACGGGAAGCGAUGUACAUCUAUGCGGAUCCGGUGCCCAGUGAAAUGAAGGACGUGGUGCUGAUGGAACUCUGUGCCGUGCCCAUCGACUGGAAGAUGCUGACCACUUUGAGGCCGAAGAACAAGCAGGAAGAGGAGUACUUCAGCCGAAUGGUUGAGAUGGGAAAAUUGGAACUGAAAACCGAGGCCCGCGAUCGCCGAGAAUUUGCCCUGAACAAUUGUGUUAAGAAGAUCAAGAACAAAUCGGGCAUUGUGGAAACUCGACUGAUGACCUGCGAGUCCUGCGGCGAGGAAAUGUGUUGUGGCAAGUCUUGUGGUGACUUCAACUAUGAUCUGUACAUUCGUGUCGAGGCCCGGGUGGUUAAGCCCAAACCGGCCGUUUUGGCCUCCAACAAGGCCAAGUUAAAUGGUCGCAAAAAGUCAACGGUGGGCGGCACCAAGAUCAAGGUCAAAAAGUCGUCCAACAAAAGCAGUUAGGAAAACUGAAUGAAAAAAUAAUACUGUAUGAAUAACAAAUAUUCAAAAAAUUACCCUUACAAACAUAUAUAACUAGCUUUUAUAACCAUAAUUAUUUGCUAAUAUAUCUGUAACAUUUUUUUAUAAAUAACACUCAUAUACAACACAAA